GGACAUGUAGUGCCCUAGGGAGGGUGUAGAGGUGUUAUUUUGCGCCCUGUCUAGGGCACCUAUCGAGGGAAUAGGGAGUGAUUUGAGAUGCGGAUUUUGCUUUCGCGAGGACUUGUAGGAAACCGGAUGCUCUGUAAGAGCUAACUGUUAUCGCUGUAUUUAUAUAUAAAAUAGUUACAUGAAUCUGUAUGUAAAAAAUUAUAUUACACAGUUUGUGCUCGUGCUGCUUCCGGUUCCACAUCGAUGAGGUUUGGUCCUGCUAGCACAUUUAGCUUGAUUAGCGGCUAGCGCGCGCAGAAGAUGUCCUUUCAUCCUGGACGUGGAUGCCCACGAGGGCGCCCUCCCCCUCAGAAUUACCCCCCUGUCCCCCUGCGUUUGCCCCCUCCUCAGUCCCUCGCGCCCUCCGUGCCCCCUCCCUACCCCUAUGACCCCUCGACGCCCCACUGUUCCACCUACAGCCCUCAGUGCACCAACACCUACAUGCCCAACAUGCCGCCUCGUCCCGAAUUCCCUCCCUACCCUGUCCCAGCGUCCUCCCAGGGCCCGCAGUGCCCCUUGCGCCCUCCUUUCCCACCCCCGCCUCUGCACCAGGGCUUCCCAGAACCCCCUAAUUUCCCCCCGCCCCCUUUACCUGUCCCUGCAGGUGGCCCUGCCCCCUCUCAGGGCUCGUAUCCUUACGUCCCGCCUCCUCCUCCUCCACCCUCGAUGCCUCCUUCUGUACCCUUUCAGCCUCCCUACUCGAUGAAUUACCCCCCUCAGCCCCACUUACCCCCUCUACCUCCUAAUUUCUACCCCCCCUCCGAAUCCGGUUCCUUCAAGCCCAUGGAGCAUUUCCAUCACUUCAAGACUGACAAGUCGCCCGAACGGCCACGGCGCCACAAAAGCUACGGGUACGGUGGGUACAGUGGGCACGGAGAGCGGCGGGAGCGAGGGCGGAGUCCGGACAGGAGACGACAGGAAGGAGGGCGGUACCGGUCGGAGAACGAGAGGGGCAGGACCCCCCCGAGACACCGGAGCCGAGAGCGCAGCAGGGAGCGCUACCGUCACCGGGACAGCAGAAGCUCUCCUCCAUCGGACCGCCACAGGAAACGAGCCCGCAGCCGCUCAGGAAGCAGAGAGAGAAAACGUGGACGAAUGGAGGAGGACCGGGAGAGGGAGAGAGAAAGAGAAAGGGACAGGGAAAGAGAAAGAGAGCGAGAGAGGGAGAGGAGGGUGGAGGCAGCAGGAGGAAACAGAGAAAGAAGCUACAGAGAGACAGAGGAUGAGGAGGAGGAAGAGUUACUGAAGCCGGCGUGGAUCCGCUGCACUCACGCUGAGAACUACUACUCCAACGACCCCAUGGACCAAGUGGGCGACUCGACAGUAGUGGGAACGAGUAAACUGAGGGACCUGUACGAGCGCUUUGAGGAGGAGCUCGGACGACGACAGGAGCGCGCCAAAUCCUCCCGCCCCAAGUGGGAACCACCCAAAACCAAACUGGACCUGGACCAUGACGAGAGCUCGAGUGACUCGGAGUGUGACUCGGACGGGGACAGCAGUUGCUCCAGCAGCUCCGACUCUGAGGUGUUUGACGUGAUCGCAGAGAUCAAGCGUAAGAAAGCGCACCCCGACCGGCUGCACGACGAGCUGUGGUACAACGACCCGGGACAGAUGAACGACGGUCCGCUGUGUAAGUGCAGCGCUAAAGCCAGACGCACAGGAAUCCGGCACAGUAUUUACCCCGGGGAAGAGACGGUGAAGCCGUGUCGUCCAAUGAGCAACAACGCCGGCAAACUCUUCCAUUACCGAAUCACCGUGUCUCCGCCCACCAACUUCCUGACGGACCGGCCGACGGUGAUCGAGUACGAUGAUCACGAGUACCUGUUUGAAGGAUUUUCUCUCUUCUCACACACUCCUCUCACUAACAUCCCGUUGUGCAGAGUGAUUCGCUUCAACAUUGAUUACACCAUCCACUUCAUAGAGGAGAUGGCACCUGAGAACUACUGUGUUAAAGGUCUGGAGCUUUUCUCGUCGUACCUCUUCCAAGACAUCCUGGAGCUGUACGACUGGAACCUCACAGGUCCAGAGGAAAUGGAGUCUCCCGCCUGCCAGAGGUUUCACUUCAUGCCUCGCUUCGUGCGAUUCCUACCAGACGGAGGUAAAGAGGUGCUGUCUAUGCACCAGGUUCUGCUGUAUCUGUUGUGCAGUAAUAAACCUCUGGUUCCGGAGGAAGAGAUCGCCAACAUGCUACAGUGGGAGGAGCUCGAGUGGCAGAAAUACGCAGAGGAGUGUAAAGGAAUGAUCGUCACGAACCCCGGCAUGAAACCCAGCUCGGUGAGGAUAGACCAGUUGGAUCGGGAACAGUUUAACCAGAACGUCAUCACGUUCCCAAUCAUCGUCCAUUUUGGAAUCCGUCCGGCUCAGCUCAGCUACGCCGGAGACCCUCAAUAUCAGAAACUGUGGAAAAGCUACGUGAAGCUGCGCCACCUGCUGGCUAACAGCCCCAAAGUGAAGCAGAUCGACAAGCAGAAGCUCACACAGAGAGAGGAAGCUCUGCAAAAGAUCAGGCAGAAGAACACGAUGAGGAGGGAAGUGACGGUGGAACUCAGCAGCCAAGGCUUCUGGAAAACCGGGAUACGAUCCGACGUGUGCCAGCACGCGAUGAUGCUCCCGGUUCUGACCCACCACAUUCGGUACCACCAGUGUCUGAUGCACCUGGAUAAGCUGAUAGGUUACAUGUUUAAAGAGCGAUGCCUCCUGCAGCUGGCCAUGACUCACCCGAGUCAUCACCUGAACUUCGGGAUGAACCCCGAUCACGCUCGUAACUCUCUGUCCAACUGCGGGAUCCGUCAGCCCAAAUACGGCGACAGGAAAGUCCAUCACAUGUACAUGAGGAAAAAAGGAAUUAACACGUUGAUUAACAUCAUGUCCCGGCUGGGUCAGGACGACCCCACUCCUUCCAGGAUUAAUCAUAACGAGCGUCUGGAGUUUCUCGGUGAUGCUGUUGUUGAAUUUCUAACCAGCGUUCACCUGUACUACCUGUUCCCCAACCUGGAGGAAGGAGGAUUAGCUACGUAUCGCACUGCCAUCGUCCAGAAUCAGCACCUCGCCAUGCUGGCUAAGAAACUGGAGCUGGACCGCUUCAUGCUGUACGCUCACGGCCCGGAUCUGUGCCGAGAGUCUGACCUCAGACACGCCAUGGCUAACUGCUUCGAGGCUCUUAUAGGUGCUGUGUAUCUGGAAGGUGGGUUAGAAGAGGCCAAGCAACUGUUUGGCAGGCUGCUGUUCAACAGUGAGGACAUGAGGGAGGUGUGGCUCAACUAUCCGCCUCAUCCACUCCAGGUGCAGGAGCCGGUGACAGACAGACAGCUCAUCGAAUCGUCUCCCGUCCUACAGAAGCUGACGGACUUCGAGUCGGCCAUCGGAGUUUUCUUCACACACGUCCGUCUGCUCGCCCGAGCCUUCACACUGCGCACCGUCGGCUUCAACCACCUGACGCUAGGUCAUAAUCAGAGGAUGGAGUUUUUGGGAGAUUCCAUCAUGCAGCUCGUAGCCACCGAGUAUCUGUUCAUCCAUUUUCCCGACCAUCACGAAGGCCAUCUGACGCUCCUGCGCAGCUCGUUGGUGAAUAACAGAACACAGGCAAAGGUGGCGGAGGAAUUGGGGAUGCAGGAAUACGCAAUAACGAACGACAAGACCAAAAGACCUGUCGCUCUGCGCACGAAAACACUAGCCGACCUGCUGGAAUCUUUCAUUGCAGCACUUUACAUAGACAAAGACCUUGAAUAUGUUCACACGUUCAUGAACGUCUGCUUCUUCCCGAGAUUAAAGGAGUUUAUCCUGAAUCAGGACUGGAAUGAUCCAAAGUCUCAGCUCCAGCAGUGCUGCCUCACCCUGCGCACCGAGGGCAAGGAGCCCGACAUCCCCCUCUACAAGACACUACAGACAGUCGGCCCGUCUCACGCUCGCACCUACACGGUCGCUGUGUACUUCAAAGGAGAGAGAAUCGGCUGUGGGAAAGGACCAAGUAUACAACAGGCUGAGAUGGGAGCUGCCAUGGACGCUCUGGAGAAAUAUAACUUCCCUCAGAUGGCCCAUCAGAAGCGCUUCAUCGAGCGGAAGUACCGCCAGGAGCUGAAGGAGAUGAGGAGAGAGAGAGAGCGGCAAGAGCGCGAGAGCGACGAUGCCGAGGACGCUCGCAAGUAAAGAAGGACGGGGUAUCGCACGAUAACCGACAACGUUCAAGAUCGACUUUUCCAGCAACACACACACACACACACACACAGUGUAAUAAUCACUGUUCCUGCACAUCUGAGGAGCGGAAGGAAUGCACUUAGCUUCAGCAGCAAGCUAAAGUCAGAAUGUAGCAGUGGUUUCUGGGUAAAUGUGCUUCUGGAGUCUACAGAGAUGUGGACUGCAUCCCUUUUCUACAAGAUGGCCGAAGGGAACACAGAUGAAGUGGACUCUGCCGAAUUGGGCGCAGCCUCCUGUCUUUUUUUGGUUCCUACCAUUAUUUUAAAUUAAAUAUUUGUGUUUUUUUUUUUAUAAACUUAAUGCAUCAAUUAUGAGACACAGCUAUUAUAAAUAAACCGUACAAACGCAUCAGAAAUCUGUCAAGGUCAUUUUAUAGGCACUGGUGCUGUAAAUCAGGAUUUAGGAAGGUGAAGGAACACUGACUUCAUGUGUCGGUGUAUAGUUCUCAAAAUUAGUCUCUUUCCAAAAGAACUAAUUCACAGGUUUCGCAGCAAGAGGCGUGAAUACUUAUGCGAUCACAACUUUUAAUACAAAUACGUUUAUUUAUAACUAUAUUGAUUUUUUUCCCUCCAGGACAAUAUCAUGGGCUUUUAUGUAGAUAUGUAGAUGCAUGAACUUGUUUCAUGGAGGUUCCAUGAGUCACUAUAAAUGAUUCAUUCAUCAAAAAGAUAU